UGGAGUUGCGGUGGUCACAUGUAGAGAAGACUUGGUAUAAAUAUAAUUUAUUGCGCCAGGAAUUAUUAUUGUAAUUGUGUGUACUGUGUUACACUUUGUGUAAUGCUUCUGUUGUUGGCAACAUAAUUCCUAUGUUAUAUCAGCACCAUUCUUCGUUGUGCAAAUAACACUUAUGUCGGUGGUCACUGCUUCUGUAUCUGGUCUUUCCUCAAUUUUGAGGAGUCCAGGAAUUCGAAAUGGAAAUAGAGAACAGCGUGUUCGGUUCCGGCUGCCAGAAAGCCUUAAAACAGUUUUACUGGAUUUUAUUGACAGAGAAAAUGUAAAAUCUUAUGAAGAAUUGAUUUUUACAAUUAGAGAUGGAGAUAUCCAGGAUGAUGACUUGAUGCGGUUACUGACAGAGGUCCAGGAUUGUAUUUCUCUUAUGGACAAGAAGCUGAGACAUUUUGUUGAAGCUCUGUUGUCUGCCCACAAUUAUUAUACAAAGAGUGCCUUUGAGAAGUUGAUGCCAAUUUUCAAAUCAGUUGGCUGUGAGGAUGAAUGGACAAAUGGAGUCCCAACAGAGGAAGAGCUGCUGGUGUUUGGCCAUGCCCACACUGUUCUGAGAGUCUUGCUGCAAGUGAUGCCAAUGGCAUGUAACAUCCUGGUACAAGUCAUGAUAAAGAAUUUCCCAUAUCUCCGCCGCCCAAGCCAUGAACAAGAAUGCUUUGUUUACAAUAUGCUCAGAGUAAUUGAAUAUCAGCCCAGGUUGCGGUUAGAAGUCCUCCUCAUCAUCUUCAAGAGGUUGGUUGCACUGGAUGUAUAUGCUCCAAAAGUAGAAGUUUUGGACCAUGAGGAGGCUGAAGAAUGUUUUGAAAUGGACAUUGAAGAGGCUGAGGCAAACAAAGUAUCGGCACAAGUGCAGCAGUUAGGUAUGAGACAUCCUAUAGCAAAUAAUCUCGACAUUGCAAUGGUGCAGUUGUUUAUGUACCUGCAUUCUGAGUGUCAUGGUGGCGAGAAACAGCUAGACUGGGAGAGGACAAAGCAGUUGUACCAUGACUUAGUGACAGUAUUUGAGCAAGUCGUCUUGUCGACCCAUGCUACACAUCAUGUACAGUUUCUUCUGUUCUACAUCUGUAGCUUCAGGGUGACAGUAGCAGAAUCUUUCUUGAACUUCCUGUGGCAUAAAGUGGUGUCUCCCAGCAUGCCAUCCAUUGUUCGACAGUCAGCUAUUAUGUACAUGGGCAGUAUGCUGUGUAGGGCAUCAUACAUUAACAUCAGCUUGUUGAAGGCUUCGGUAGCUGAAAUGUCUGCCUGGGUACACACAUACAUCUCCAGUCAAGAUGGGUUGGAGUGUGCCAAUUCAGAUGUACGAGUCCACUCUGUGUUCUACACGGUGUGUCAGACACUGUUCUACGUCAUAGCCUUCAGACAUCAUGACCUUGUUCAUUCUAAGAAAAAUCUGGCAUUUCUACAGAGUCUAAACCUGACCAAAAUUGUGACAUGCAGGCUAAAUCCAUUGAAGGUUUGUUUGCCAGUUGUGGCCCAGAACUUUGCCACAGUGACUCGGACAUAUCAGCUGGCGUACUGCUACUCUGUUCUACAGCACAACGCUCGCUACAGCAUGCCAGUGGUCCAUCAGGAUGACAAGGGAUACGCUGUCAACAGGGACUCUACCUUGCUUGAUACAUUCUUUCCAUUUGAUCCAUUUGUCUUACGCAGAUGUGUCCAAUUCAUCAGACCCAUAUACUGUUCAUACCAGAAGCCGGAAGAAGAGAACUCACGUAUUUUGUGUGAACAGAAUGUUGGCAGCAGAGGGGAGAAUGAAGAGGAUGAAGAUGAAGAUGAUUUCUUGGUGGAUCAGCUACAAGGAAACGCCCUUUCGAAUUCAACCUCUGCCCCAGAUAUGUUUUCGUACAGUUCAUCACCGGGUUUCAAAUGGUUGUAAUGUGUUCACAGACUUUGGUUCAAAAAGGGAUUGGAGUAAUCUGUUCUAGGAUAGUGAAUGAAAGAACUGAUUUAAAAAGCCCCAUUUUUGAAGAAAGGUGCGGACUGCCUUGUGAUUAUUUAUUAGAGUAAAGAAGUUUAGUUUUGAAAAAUAAAACUAUUUGAUGUUUAUUAGUUACAAAAAUAGAAGUUGCAUUUUGUUAAAAAUUUCAUCUUUUUUCUUCCAAGAGACAAAGACUGUUUUAAAUGACUUAAUAAGAUAACAAAAUGUUCAUUGUGAACUGAAAGUAUUUGAUAUUUGUUUUUUGAAAGAACAAGUGAAAUUAAAACUCAGAUAUGAUUGUUUUUGUAUAUGCUUUACAGCAGACUGUUUUUGUACAUAGUAGUUAUUAGUGUCCCUAUUUUUAUGAUAACUUAAGGAAAGCCAAAGUUACACAUUCAGAAAAUUAACUUAUAUCUUCAUUUGUCACAUGUUGGCACGUGUAUGUGAAUUCACAUUUUAUAUUUGCCUCUCCAUCUCCAAAGCAUUGCAUGUUAUUUCACUGUUUUAAUUUCUGAUAAGUCUUUUCUGGAAUCAUCCCCUUUCUGAACCAUUGUCUGUAAUUGUGCACAUGUCAGAAGGACCACAUUAAAAGCUCAUUCUGUU